GUGAGUCAUUUGGUACUCAUCAUCAUCAUCGUCUGGAGAGACUUGAAGCACCUGAAGGUCGGGCAUUUAUACCGGCAGAUGUGAGGGGCUCUGCAGGAUGAGCGCACUUGGCUUUCUCUUUCACAGUCUCCAAGUGCGAGUCAGCAAUCACCACCGUGUCCAAAUGUGGCUCAGGCGAGCCGUCGGGAUGUGAAAUUCAAACUCAAAGUUGAGGCACUGGAUUCUGUCGGUGUGUUGAAGCUGAAUCUGCACCUGGGUUCAACAGGAAGAGCCUGAAUGUUGACUGAACUACUGCUCACCUACCAUUUUACCCAGAAAAGUGGCUUCUUACUUCAAUUUUUUUAGACAUUUAAGGACUUGAAUGUUGCUCCCAAACUGCAGUUUUUGGUUCAUAAACAUGCAAAUAUUUUUCUAGAUGUGAACACCAAUCUGCGUAUCCCCCCUGUAAUGCUUUUCUAACAGUGUUUUUGUACCAGCUGCAUACAGUAAUCACAGUUUUAACAACACUAACAUUCUCAAAAUGGAUUACCUGAUUUCGGCACAGUAGAUUUUUAGUCUGCAUAUAUUAUACUUCUCUCAGUGUUUCUGCAUGCAUCCUGUAGUUUUUGCUUUGCCAGAGUAAUGGCUCAUUUGCCAGAGGCACCAUCAUUCAAAUUAUGUUGUGACAAGACAGACUUAAUGUGAUCAUUACUCUAAUGGCUUUUAUAAGAAUGCCCUUUUCUUUUGUAAUGAAAUAAUAUUAAAUAGGUGUGUGUUACAGUCCACCUUUGCUGCGCAGAGCAGUGUUGAACUUCAGCUUAGUAUUGGAACUAAUGGUUCCUGUGCUGGACAAUAUGACCCCAGCGCCUCAGACACAGAACUGCUCCAACUGCAGCCAGGUUUUAGUCCCAGAGCUCAACGUGGUCAAGGCUGUAGUUUUGGGCCUGGUGCUUGGCAUCUUGAUUUUGUUUGGAAUCGUUGGAAACAUCCUCGUAAUCCUCUCAGUGGUUUGCCAUCGCCACCUGCGGACAGUCACACACUAUUUUAUAGUUAAUCUGGCAGUGGCAGAUUUGCUGCUAAGCUCCACUGUACUACCCUUCUCUGCCAUUUUUGAGAUUGUGGAUCGCUGGGUGUUUGGACGGGCCUUUUGCAAUGUUUGGGCAGCUGUGGAUGUGCUCUGUUGCACGGCCUCCAUCAUGAGCCUCUGUGUGAUCUCUGUUGACCGCUACAUUGGAGUCAGUUACCCUCUGCGCUACCCGGCCAUAAUGACAAAGCGCAGGGCGCUGCUGGCAGUGAUGUUGCUCUGGGUGCUGUCUAUCAUCAUAUCUAUUGGACCUUUGUUUGGCUGGAAAGAGCCGGAACCUGAGGACGAAUCCAUCUGCAAGAUCACACAGGAGCCAGGCUACGCUAUCUUCUCUGCUGUGGGCUCUUUCUACCUCCCUCUGGCCAUCAUACUGGCCAUGUACUGUCGGGUUUAUGUGGUAGCUCACAGGGAGAGCCGGGACCUGAGGGAAGGCCAUAAGACAGAGAAGUCAGAUUCAGAGCGGGUGAUACUCCGGAUACACAGAGGCAACACAACUGUAUCAGAGGACGAGGCCCUUCGUAGCCGCACACAUUUCGCUCUUCGACUGCUCAAGUUCUCACGUGAGAAGAAAGCCGCCAAGACCUUGGGCAUUGUGGUUGGCUGUUUCGUGUUGUGCUGGUUGCCCUUUUUCCUGGCGCUACCCAUCAGCUCCAUCUUCCCUGCAUACAAACCUUCAGAAACUGUCUUCAAGAUCACUUUCUGGCUCGGUUACUUCAACAGCUGCAUCAACCCCAUCAUCUACCCGUGCUCAAACCAGGAGUUUAAGAAAGCUUUCCAGAGUUUACUCGGAGUUCACUGUCUGAGAACGACUCCCAGACCACAUCUUCACCAUCUGACUGCAGGUCAGAAUCAAGCACAGGCUCACAGCCAGCCCCUCGCUCUGAGCCUGGACACUAGGGGGGCUCCCUGUCGGCUCAGCGCUUCCUCCUCUAUUGUCCUGUCCAGAACCCCCUCUUCCAGGGACAGCCGGGAGUGGAGGGUCAUUCCUGGAGUCCCCAAAGGCGGAUCUGGAACGGCCAAGACGAGCAGGGAUAAAGUGGCCAAACUCUGCACUAAAAGCUUCCGUCAGACCUGCUGUUGCAUCAUCAGUGGUGGGACUCCCCCGCAGGACUCAAACUGCGCCCAGCCCCCUCCUCUCGGAAACCUUCCCACCAUUAAAAUCCACAAACUGUCCCUCUCAGAGAAAGGAGAGCCUGUAUAAGCACUAUAAUCCUUCAUCCAUUAGUUAUGAUUCCUCUUUCAAGGUUACGGAUGAGAAUAUAUUUCCUGUUGCUCUAUUGGAUGAGCUGUGUUGGAGUGGUGGCUGGAUUGAAAUUUUAUAUUUACAAUUUAUAUAUCUCUUUGUGAUUUUCCCUGGAUGUAAGAUCGUCAAAUCGUCUAUAUUUAUCAUAAAUACUAUAUUUUUUCCGCUUUAAGAAGACAGCUUUUUAGCUUUCUGAACACAAGCCGCAGAAUACAACUUGGGAGAGAUCAAGUGUAGUGAAGUGAAGAAAAAAGCUCUCCCCUGAAGUGGAUCAAAAGAAAAGAAAAUGCACACAGUAAAGAGACCAAAAGAUUUUUGAAAUGUUCACAUAUUUUAUAUGAGAGAAGAGCAGUUCAAAUGUAUACAAAUGUAAGUAGGAAAGUUUUAUAUAUUGUAUGAUUUCACCAAAUGUUUCAGAAAUGUUGGCCAGUGUUGCUCCUGUUGUCUCCAAAUGCUGUUCCUGUAUUUAAAAUGUUCUUUGUGUACUUCUCGGUGCACAGUAAAUACGAAGGGACCCUGCGUACUCCCAUGUCACGUUACAAUAAAUUUGUAUGACAAAUUUCUACGAAGGGAUUUAUGAGGAAAUGUUUGGACCCUUGUGUCCUUUUUUGGAUGAUUCACUGAAUACAUAGCCCCUGAAAAUGUCUAAUUCAUCCAUCCACAUUCCCACAAUUUCAUACACCCCCGUGCCGUGCCAGAUGGGCAUCUUAAUAUACUUCUGUGGAAUUUCAACUGACCUUGUGGUUGCUGACCUCAAUCCUGACUGGCCCACAAGCCUCUUAAAAAAAUCCACCAGAUUUAGAGAUGUCAAAUUAAGUCAUACACAGUCUCAGACAUUCUUCUCUCAGGCCGUACUCCUUGUGUCAGUACUUUCUUAGCUGCCAUCCACAUGCAAAGUCUUGUCAUUCCUAAGAUCUGCUGUAGGUGCUGCUUUCCAGUGUGCAAAGGUGAAAAACUGGGUGUAUGUGAGUGCGAGUUCAAGGUUGCAAAGUGUCUCUCUUUUUACGCAGAGCGAUCAAAGGGCAUUCUCUGCUAUUGAUUUUUUGUCUCCCUCUGUAGUAUCAAGAUGUACACCAUUUGCAAGUGCGAGAGGGAAGAGAUGCAGUCAUGUGUUAAGUGCAGUAGAAGUUAUCCACAGGGGAGUGAACCGGCAAUGAAAGUGCUUGUCUGUGUCCGCAUUGUCAUUGACUGGCAUGUCUGUGAACCUGUAAAUCACACUAUCUCUGAGCAGAAGGAGAGGAAGCUACCAGCCACAACAAUAACCUACACAGACGACCUAAUUCACCCCUCUAUCUAUUGUCAUUGUCUGUAGGGAGUGGUGGAAUUAUGCACAAAACCUCAACCUAUGAAUACCUUUAUAAAGAUACAUCAUCUUCCAAAUGCAUUCGCUGUAAUGAAUACCAUAAUUAGAUCUGCAGCCUGGAGCCAGAUAUAGACUGGGACAGAGUAACAACCCCCCCUCCCAUGUGUUCCACCAGCACUUCCUUUGUAUUCAUGGUUAAAAUAUCAAUAAGUAUAUAAUCUACAUUUCCUCAGUAUUCUUUUAAUAUUAUGUUAGACAAUAAAUCCCUAAAUUCACAAUCAUUGACUCUUAAGGGGAAUAACAUUAAUCAUAAAUGCUUCCAGUUAUUAAUGUUCGUGAUGAGAUUGUAGUGAUGACAAAUCAGUUCUGGAUUUAUGACAGUGGUGUCUGUGUUUCAGUGGAUUAAAAGCAAAGC